AUGGAAACAUCAUAGAACUCUCACAAUCUACAAUGGAGAACUCAAGCAAAAGGUUAAGCAACAAAGUAGCGGUCAUAACGGGAGGAGCGAGAGGAAUCGGCGCGGCUACGGCUAAACUGUUCGCAGAGAAUGGUGCGUAUGUUGUGGUGGCUGAUAUUUUGGACGAAGAAGGAAAACAAGUGGCUGAAUCUAUAGGCGGAAUGUACGUGCAUUGCGAUGUUUCGAGAGAAGAGGAUGUGGAAAUGGCGGUACAGGUGGCUAUGGCGAGGAAGAACAAGUUAGACGUGAUGUUCAACAAUGCCGGGAUAGCGAUUUACGAAGGUAGUAUUACCGAUAUCGAUGUGGAUAAGGUGAAUCAUCUCGUCUCUGUUAAUGUGAACGGCGUUUUGCACGGCGUGAAACAUGCUGCCAAGGCCAUGAUCAAAGGAGGAGGAGGUGGGUCCAUAAUAUGUACAUCAAGCUCGGCAGGUGAAAUGGGAGGCUUAGGAGGGCACGCGUAUACGUUGUCGAAAGGGGCCAUCAAUGGGCUCGUGAGAAGCACUGCCUGCGAGCUGGGCUCGUACGGGAUACGAGUGAACUCCAUAUCUCCACACGGCGUCCCGACCGAGAUUCUCGUAAAAGCGUACCGCAAGUUCCUCGGACACGAAGUGGACGCGACGGAAGUUGGUCGGAUCGUGGCGGAGAAAGGGAGCCUGUUGCACGGACGAUGGGGGACGGUGGAAGACGUGGCUAAUGCUGCUUUGUUCCUCGCGAGUGAUCGCGAGUCGGGUUUUGUCACUGGACACAACUUGGUCAUCGAUGGCGGUUAUACUUCCGCUACUAAUGCAUGCCAAUUCAUUUACCAGUAGUUUUUUUUCUCUUUAAAUAACGAAAUCAAACAUGCAGCGCUCGAGGAAAAUCUAGUGUUUCUUUUGAAAGUUAAUGCAAUUGUAUCGGUCCGAAAAUUGCAAAGAAAAGCACUGCACGAUCGAUUA